UUAACAAUUUAUAAACUUUUUAUUAAUUUUUGUUUCUUAUUAUUUAUCGAUUUGAAUUUAUUUAUAUAAAAACAUAAUGAAAGCUGAAGAUGAAAGUGAAGAUUGUUCUAGCGAUGAAGAAAAUCCACGAAGAGAAAAUUCAAAUGAAGUAAAAACAAAAAAUCUUUCACCGGGUGCACAAAAAUUGUAUUACUGGUUAAAUAAAACGUUUCGUGUGGAAAUGUCAGAUGGUCGAGUUUUAUUAGGUGUAUUUUUAUGUACAGAUCGUGAUCGUAAUAUUAUUCUUGGAUCAUGUUCAGAAUAUUUACCACCAAAAAAUGAUGCAAAAACCGAUGAACCUCCUGAAGAACCACGUGUUUUAGGUUUAGUUAUGAUCCCAGGUAAACACAUUGUUUCAAUACAUGUCGAUCAACUUGGUACGAAUACAUUAACACUACCUCUACCCGAUGAAGAUAUUUAAUACUAAAUUAAUGUAAUAUUUUUAUUUAUUGUAUAUAAUAUAAUAUGA